CGGUUCCUCUCUCUCGUUUGCGGGUGUUUGUAAUCGAUAGAAUUUUUCGCAUCGAAUCUGAACAAAAUCAACAUGUCGGGUGAAGAGCCAACACAAACGAUGGGCGGCGUCAAGCUGCAAGAAGGCGAGGAAGUAUUCGGCGUGGCGCACUUGUUCGCUUCGUUCAACGACACCUUUGUGCACGUGACGGAUUUGUCCGGACGUGAAACACUGGUGCGUGUGACGGGAGGCAUGAAAGUCAAGGCGGAUCGGGACGAAUCCAGCCCGUACGCUGCCAUGUUGGCCGCACAGGACGUUGCCGUCCGGUGCAAGGAACUGGGCAUCACCGCGUUGCACAUCAAAGUCCGGGGUACCGGAGGGAACAAAUCGAAGAGCCCCGGACCCGGUGCACAGUCGGCACUCCGUGCCUUGGCGCGAAACGGAAUGAAGAUUGGACGUAUUGAGGAUGUGACGCCCAUUCCCAGUGACUCGACUCGUCGUAAGAGUGGACGUCGUGGUCGCCGUUUGUAAAGACCUACUACUAUUACAAUUAAAAAAAAACACUUAUUUGCCCC